UCAGUUGAUGGAUGACCAGGAUGAUAUUCAGUCAAUAACAUCUCUUGAGUAGAUAAUUUUUCAUUUUUUUAUAUCUCAGCAAGUCCAAAUAUUCAUGGUAAGUUGUUGUACAUUAAUCAUCAUAGACCUAAGGGACAGCUUAUUGAGACGAUGGCCUUAGCCCCUUGGCAAUACAACUGUACUCUACCAAGCCAGUUCUAUGCAUUUGAAUUCCCAGCUUCUGCAUUUUUUCUAGUCAAUAGACAAAGAGGAACUUUUUGGGAAGUUUCUGAAACAAUUUUUAACUGUCGAAGUAGAAGAAUUAGAUACUUUUCAAGAAAUUUAGGUGUUUAAUGACACCAGUUAAUUAGCUUAUAUCAAUCCAUGUCCACCUUUUACACUCAGUUUUAUUUUACUUUCUUUGAUCCUUGUGACUAGAGAAACUGAGAGGUUUAUCAAAGAGCAGAAUUGUAUUUUUAACAAAAAUAAGAUUGCCAACUGAAGGAUUAUUAGAAAUGCUUUGAUUUUCAAACAUUAAAUUCCCCUCAUCAAUACCGUUGUAAAAUAUUUUGUGGAAAAGAAAGUAAGUUUUUUUACGUUGAUAUUAGGGCUUUAAAAGGUUUUAGUAGUCCACUUUCAAGUUCGCUAUGACUGCUGAAUUAAAGAACUGAAGACGCCUUUUUUACAGCCUUAGCCUCCAUCUGAAGUAAUAUAUUCACAAAUUCCAACAAGAAAAAGACCUGUUUAUUACUCUGUCUAUUGUGUAUAUUUAAAUUUCAAACACUUACUUGCCGGAAUUUCUGAAUAUGUUACUUUACAUCGAGGCUAACACUACAUGAAUGUGUCGUUAAUGUUUGUAUUCAGCGGUAAUUUUUAAUUCGAAACUUGACUAUUUGUUAUCUUUUAAAUAUCUUUUAAUUUUACCCACUAUUAUUUAUACAGAUGAUGGUCUCCGAUGAAGAGAAAAGAUGGAUUGUUGUGGGAAUUGCCAUGAACAAAGUUGCUGCUCCUGUUUUGCGAGAUGCUGUCAAACAAGGAAUGGACGCCAACUAUGCAAAUCUGGACAGACACUGUCAACUUCUCCACCCACCUUGUACUCUAAAGACAUUAACUCAUGGUGUGGUCCGAGCAGAUCCUAUCUUGAAGAACCUGAAAUUUCAAAAUAUAAACAACAAUCAUCUUGUUCAUGGUGUAUGCAACUACAACUUCAACAUCAAUAGCUCUUUAGAUUUGGCCAAGUUAUACCUGCCAGGUUAUCUGGCUCAGUUUUCAGCCUUUGAUGACUCACUGGACAUGACUGCCAUCCUUCGUCUGUUGGGAUUUAGGAACUUCAUGCCUGCCGCUGUGUUCUCCCCACACUCCCAGGCCUCGGCCGAUGAUGUCAGGGAAAAUGUCAGAAACAAAUGGGGUCAUGUUGAUGUAACUGAGUGGACAGAUGCCCUGUUCAAUGAUUGCUUUGACAAGCUGAAGACAUUGGUGAGGAGUCUGGGACUGACAGCAGGUGUGGAGAAGAACACAACGGAUCAACUGGAUGACUGGCAAACAAAAGGUUAUUAUACCUAGACAAUAGAAUAUUAUAAUUAAUCAUAAAUGUUACCAUGUUCAAAGGGAACAAACUCUAAACAAUUUUUGCUCCAGAAAAUAUCCAACUGUCAUGACAGUCAAUCAAUAGGAUGCUUUAGAUGGGCGCUUAAUUCCACAGUUUUGACUUUGGUUCCAUUAAAUCCUGUAUCAAUAUUUAUUAAAUGCACACUGUAUGAAUGGCUCACACUGAGCACAAAACAUAUUCCUAAGAAAAAUAAUAGACUGCAACCAGUGUAUUUGACCUGGACACAAACUUGGUGAACACGUCAGCUAAGCAAGUGCAACCUCAUUCCCAGGGUUCUCUCCUACCGAUCCCUACAGAGAGAGAACCUGGGAACGAGGUUAAAGCAAGCAAAGGUUCUGCACAUUAAAUUAUAUUAACCAGCAGACAACAUAAAGCACAUAUAAUCUAAAGACCUAAUGACAGCGAUAGACAUAUAGUCUGUAUCAGGCUCUCAGUUAGUCAGAACAAGUGAAAAGUAAAGGAAGCAUGAGAAAAACAAGCCGUUUUUUCUUUGUUUACACUCAUUUUUGCCUCCGCUCGUACCCUCUCAGUUAUCAACCAACUGAGAGCCUUUAAAAUGGUAAUUUAGAUAUAAAGACGUGAAAAUAAUUUGUAAACAAGCUUCAGCAAUUUCUUCUGUGACAGUCAAUAACAGCACACCACAGAAGUUAAAUUAAAAUGUUAUGUAUUUCAUGACAUUGCUGUAGCUAGACUUGCAGAACAGAUGAGACAAGUGUUGCAAAUAUUAGAAGCAAGAACAACUGGUUGGGUCUGAUGCAUGGUAGGCCUUCACAGGGGAAAACCGUAAACCCAGAACUUACUUCUUCUUGCCUAUUAGCUACAUUAGCUAAAACCAUGCAAGAACUGCCACUGAUAAAACUACGCAUUCCUUACAGCUAGUCCUGUUGGGGUUUAAUGAACAGUGUCCUGAACUCGCCGGUAUUUAUAGGUGGAGGGUCUACAGCAGGUCAAAUAAGACAAAUAAAGUGAAGUUAGCGUUUAUUUUUGAGUAUGUCAUUCAAAAAACAAUUUAGUUUCAGACCAUAUUGAGGUAUUCAAAGAGUGUUUUACUGUGAGCAGGGUUCAAAAUAAGUUGACUGAGUCAGGUUAAGGAUUUUUGGUUAAUUGUUUAGUUGUUACUCAAAGUAAAACCUUCAUUCUGUUUUAUUUCAGGCUGUCAAUUAGUCAUGGGUCAUGCUGUGGACAGGGAUCUUCUCUGUUUGGUACAAGAUGAAGUGAAAGAUCUCAUCAAGGGCUACAACACCAUUGAUUCACAACUGAAUCUUCACAACAAAGAAAUUGCUCAACUUCAAGUAAAUGUUGCCACACUUAAUUAAGAUCAGGAUGAACGUAGAGAAACGAGGUUAGUUGAGCAUCAUAAACGCCUUGAAGCGCUGGAAGAGAAGCUACUUGUACAGGAGGCAGCAGAGAAAAGAAGUGAAGAGAUUAAAAAGGUUGUAGAAAGACUUGUGUCUUUCGAAGCACAGUUAUCGAUACGACUUCAGUUGGUAGAAGAAAAAAUAGCGCAACUAGAGCAAACUCUAACGAAGACAGAUGACAGAGUACAACAACUGGAACAAAGACAAACCAACGCAGUUUGGCAAGUGGAACUGCUGAAGCACAUUCAGACUGAGACCGCUGCAAAAGCAGAUCAGCUCGAUCAACGAUGUGCUGAGGUGGAGAGAAUUGGACUACAAUUGAAAACACAGAGGGACAAGCCAGGUAAGCUAUGUUUGCGAUUAAGAGAUUAAUUUUCCCCAGUCAUUCAUUAAUAUUGUAGUGAACACAAGGCAAAAUGUUCUCUUUUUCUGACACUUUCAAGCGUGACAUUAUUUAAGGUAUGAAUCAUUCACAGAGUUUCUUCACCGACGCAAACUUCCUGUUGCAGAUGCGGUCAUGUAUGCACGAUAAAACGAAAAUUGAUCCGUGUGUUUCACCGCGAACAAACGUCAAACGUCUGGGGCGUUUUUUGUUUUCAUGUAGAGGGAUUUCAUUUAGUGAUCCUUUAAGUGGAAACGUGCGGGUGGGUGUUAAAAACUAAUUCUUUUUUCACAGAAUAACGAGCUUCUUUUCGUUGAAAACGUUUCAAUUCCGAGUUAAAGGUUGAUGACAAAUGGCACCGACAAAAACAGCAGUUUCAUUUUUCCAACGCGAAGGGGGAGUGGUCCUCAUUUAGAGCAGGGAAAGUCAUUUGUCAUUGUCAACUGCUGUGUUCCCAUCUUGGGGUAUCUGUCUUCAAAGUUGUACACGGGGUGGGGAAUUUGCCAUUUAUGAACUUAUCAUUUCCUCCCACUUUUAUUAAGAAAAAACCAUGGCAUUCAAAUGUGCAUAAGCAGAGGCUUAAAUAAAGACUUGGUAUCUAAAAACGUUCUGUUCAAUCAAAAUGUUAUCGCCUUUUACCGAAAGCUAGCCAGAAGAAAGUGCAGCACUCCUUCAGUAUACCCCAUUGUGAAGAAAAGUGUGUUGGGAAGCUUUGCCAAAAAAAUUGCAGAAAAAUUAGCUUUGUUAGCAAAGAUUGCCGUUUUAAAAUUUAUUAAAAGCAAAGGGCAUUUCCUCGUCAUGUUAAAGUUUACAUCGUCAAGACGUUCUUUUUCGAGGUAACUGAUUUUUAUCAAGCACUUUAUUGUUAUUUAUCACUUUGGCAAGUGAAGUCAACACUGUUUCGACCACUUACACAGUGGGUGACAAUUUGCGAUUUUUAGCUUUUUUGUAGGAAGCAUACCUUUUGCCUCGUUCCUUGGGUGUGGCAUUUGGACACAUUUUUGACCCCCAUUCUGUAGUUUUUGUAUUAAUCUGCUGGCCUCACCGUGGGGCAUUUGCAGCUUUCGAAUUGCCUGAUAAAUGCUCGGGGCAAUGGGCACGCUAGGAAUUGACUGAGCCAUUAUUGUUCUAGUUUUGCACUAGGUAUCGGCUUUGCCACGUGUUGGCCGGUCCUCAUGCCUAAGAAUAACCUGGUCAAAUAGUCCUGGUUGAUUAUCACCCCCUUCCCUUACACAUCUGAAAAGUAUAUGAUUAAUUUGUACUUUGUCCUGACCUUCAGGUGUACAGGCUAAGUUGAAGAGGGGCCCUUAGUUUCAAGUUGCUGUACCAAUUUAAGCACUAAUAAAAGCAUUUGUCCAACAAAGUGGUUAUGAUUUUUUUCGACCACUUCAAGGAGAAAUUAUAGACCUAUGCUGUCAGGGGUUAAAAAUUCAUUCUUCCCUUCUCGUCCUUUAAAGAAAACUUUCAAAAAGUUAAGGAAAUCAACAGCGGAUUCUCAAUAUAGUAAUCUAUAACCCGUGAAAGUGACAGCCUUGGUUUUGAAGUACUUUGUUUAGCUAUCGCAAAUUGCUCUCGUUUGAUGGUGGUGAACCUGUGCAAAGUCACGGUGUGGUUAUAUUGUAAAGCCUGGUUUUCAUUAGCGCAUAAGCAUAAGCAUAAGGACAUACGCACGCGCAGAAUGGCAUAUUUGACUCAAUUCUCGAUUUGGGCCAGCCGCCUCCUCAACCCGAUGAUAAACAAGAUGGCAGACGAGCCUUCCGCCAUAUUGCUUUUGAUAUGUUCACAUGAGGUCUGGGACAAAGUGACCUAUGAUUGGUCUGCGGCCUUGUACUUCUGCUUGUGCUUUAUAUGUCGAUCCCGUUCUCGCGAAUCAAAGCUACGACAUAAGCAUAAGCACAAGUAGAACGAACAUGUCCGUUUUUCUUGUGCUUAUUCUUGCUUAUGUCGCCGCCGGUGUUUUCGCUUGCUUACACAUGUGCUUGUGCCUCAGGCAUAGUAUGCCUAUGCUCAUGCUUUCGCGCUAGUGAAAACCAGGCCCAAUAGAAGGGUUGAAAUAUUUUGUUUUAAUAAAAGUAUAAAAUGUGAAAUGAAACGCAGCAGAGUCUUAAAGACUUGUUUAAAUAGGGCUGCGGUUUUAAAUGAACGGCUUCAAGUUCUAAAUAUGUUCGUUCUUCACAUAAUUAGUGGGUUUUAUCAUUCAGAGAAAGUCAAUGUUAACAAAAUAGUCGUUAUCGUCAGAUUUAAAGAAACCUUUUUCGUGCUAUUUUAUGUAAAUAGGUAUCUUGUCAUUUUUUAAUUCCCUUAAACGUGUUUAAUGGUAUAAGUUAUACUGUCUAGUUUGCCUUUUGUUUCAGUCCCUAACCACGUAUUGUCGUGCGUGCUUCUGACUACUCAGCUUAACUUUCGCAAAUUUCUUACGUUUGACGGCGGUGAACCUGUGCACAGUCAAGGGGUGAUUAAAGUCUAAUAGACGGGUUGAAACAUUUCGUUUUGAUAAAAGUGUAAAAUCCGAAACGCAGCAGAGUCCUUGCGACUUGUUUAAACAGGACUGCGGUUAGUUGAACGGCUUCAAGUUCUUGAUAUGUUCAUUUUUAACAUUGGGGUUUUAUCAUUCAGAGAAGGUGUGAAGUGAAAACUUAGUCGUUACCGUCAGAUUUAAAGACAGGUUGUUCGGUUUUUUUUUGUGUGAAUAAUUAUCUUUUCAGUUUUUUAAUUCGUUUUAACGUGUUUUAUAGUAGCUAAGCUGUUUGUUUUAGUCUUAACCACGGGUUGUCGGGCGUGCUACUGACUACUCACUGAAUUUCUUUUCUCCUAGAAGCUUCAUCUAUGAAACCUUUUGACUUUAAAUCCUGUCGAAGCAAACUAGAAGAUCAUUACCAAAAAACAGCAAGUGUGCCCACUUCUGUUUGGAGUAAAAAAGCCGUUGUUGACAUUCACCAGAUCUACACUCGACUGUCCUGGGUGAAAGAGGAACAAACCCCAGCUGGAACAACACAUUCUGAACUGAAGCAUUACACUGAACUGUUUACAGCAAACAAGAACGGCGUCAUUCCAAAGAGAAUACUUGUGCAAGGGCAGACGGGAAUUGGAAAGAGCACGUUUGUUAAGAAGCUGCUUGUCGACUGGGUUGAAGUAAAUAAGGGGACUGGUGAUGAGCAAGCAGCUGUUCUGAAGAAUUUUGAGCUUGUGGUUGCUGUAAAUCUCAAAGAAGUGUCGAAAUGUCAAAGCCUCGAAGAUGUCAUAACACUGUCCAAUGUGUUUGCAAAGGAGGACAAAUAUAUGACAGGAGGCCUUAUGAAUUAUAUUACUAACAACCAAGAGAAAGUACUUCUGAUCUUCGACGGCUACGACGAAUACCGCAGUGGAUGCGAUUCAGAAAUAUACGGGAUUUUCCGUGGAAAUAGCCUGAGAAGCUGCUGUGUCUUGAUAACAAGUCGUAUUUCCAAAGCUGACGAACUACGAGGAGGUGAAGACCUGCAUGCUGAAAUCACAGGGUUUAGCAAAGUGGACGGACAAAAGUUUAUGCGGAGAUUUCUCACGCACGAUGAAGUGUUCUUAUUGGAACGUGAAAUCUAUAAGAGAAAGUUGAAUAAACUGGCAGAGGUCCCUUUACUCCUCCUGUUUUUUUGUUUACUAUGGAGAAAAGGACAGUUCAAACACUUUCCAGAAACAAAAGCUAAAUUGUAUUUAGAUAUUAUUCAGUUCAUUUUAAAUCACAGCUAUAGCAAGCAAUCACCACCUCAGUAUGUGGAAGUAACAUCUUUCAAAGAGAUCCUCUCUGAAAUAGGUAGAGUUGCUUUGCAAGCUCUUUUGAAGGAUGAUCAUUUGUUUGAAUACGGUCAGUUGUCUGAUUCUGUCCGUUGUGAUAAAGGCGUCCUCAUCGGUUUGCUUCAAAUCACCGAAUACUCAGAUACCUUACGACCAGUUGAAAUGGUUUCCUUUAUUCACAAGAGCAUACAAGAGUUUCUGGCUGCAUGGUACGUUACCUACAAAUUUAUACCUGAAGGUGGAAAUCUCGGUGAAAUUAGCCCGAAGUUGGAGGAGUGCUUGGCUUUAGAGAACGUUUUCCAGUUUAUAUGCGGCCUGAGUGAAGAUGGAGGAUUGACGGCUUUGAGGCAUUUCAAGUCUGUCAGAAUCUUAGAUCCUUCGUUGGAUUUAUCCAAGGCAGUACCGGACUUAGAAAACGAGACAGGCAGGCCACUGAGUGAUGUCACUGAGCGCCAGUGGAAGUUCAGCUGUUUGGUUUUUGAUUCAUUUGAACAGAUUGAGUCAAAAGCAGGGCUUUCAAGAGCUUGUUUCGAUUGCCUUGGGGAGAUCCUUCUUUAUUCUCCAAUAAGAUCUCUCCAAGAACACGUUUUCUUAAAAGCAAAGGAAACAAAUUCCUGGUCUUUGGUCUUUGAUAACAAAUUCUGUCUCAACUCUUUUCCUGCAGCUGUCUCAACUCUGAAUACGAUGGUUAAAACAUUGAGUGCUAGAAGUUCUAAAGUUCUCAAAGUUGCAGAAUUUUUAGAAAAAUUCCGAAAUUGUUCCUGUAAUGUACCUUGUACCUUUUCCUCAGUAAGUUGUUUUCACAAUGGCCAGGUAUACUUUAACAUUACACACUUGAGACUGCUUUGCGAGGACCACUUCAGGGUAUUUACUGAGUUUGUCGCCUCUCCCAAUUCAGUACAUUCAACUUCAGGGCCUUUAUGUCUGAAAUUUCUUAAAACUCUCGAGUGUUCCCCGUAUGGAACCAGUUCAAUGGAACCUCUUGGUGCGGCUAUCAAAGAUUGUAAUCAUUUGGAACUCAUUCAAGUUUGCUUCAGUAAUGACUCUUUGUGUCAUUUCUUAGAGCAAGUACCGAAUCCUAGUAGUUCCUCUUUGUCUAUCGGGCUCUGUACCUUAACGUCACCAGGAGCAGCAAAGCUUGCAUAUUUGUUACCAAGGUUUGAAAACGUCACCCGUCUUGUCCUUCGCCUGGGUGAAUGUUCUGAUGAAGCAGUAACAAGUUUAGCUGCCGCUAUCAAGCACAAGACUCUCGAGGAACUGAACCUGCACAAAUUCAACCUGUCGUCAGCUGCAGCAGUAGCGCUCGUUCAGUCGCUACAUGCAUCACAGGCUUUACAAAAACUGAACAUAGGUGGCUUUGCUGAAUGCUCUGAUGAAGCAGUAACAAGUUUGGUUGCCGCUAUCAAGCACAAGACUCUCACGGAACUUAGCCUCGCAGAAAUUAACCUGACUUCAGCAAUUGGUGAGGCUCUCGGUCAGUCGCUGCGUAACUUAUCAGCCUUGCAAACUCUGAACGUAAGUGUUUUGGGUGGCUGCAGUUUGGGAUUAACGUUUCCACAUUCCAGUCUAAAGUUACCAAUGCUAACGAUUAGUGGAUUAGCUGAAUGCUCUGCUGAAACAGUAUCAAGACUGGUUUCCCUUAUCAAACUUCAGACCCUCACGAAACUCACGCUAAGUAAAUUCAACCUAACGUCUCCAGCGGCCGAGGCACUCGGUCAAUUGCUGCCGGAAUUAUCAGCCGUAAAAGCACUAAAUUUGAUUGAAUUUAAUGAAAGCUCUGCUGAAGCAGUAACAAGUUUGAUUUCCGCCAUCAAGCACAAGACUAUCAAGAAACUGGAGCUACUGGGAGUCAACUUGACGUCAGCAGCAGCUGAGGCCCUCAGUCACUCGCUGCCUAAAUUUUCAAAUUUACAAACACUAAGGAUAAGUAACUCGAAUCAAUGCUUUGAUGAGGCAUUUGCUAAAGUGGUCCCCACUAUAAAGCAUAAGACUCUCAAGGAACUGACACUGAUUGCACUCCACCUGACGUCAGCAGCAGCCGCGGGGCUCGGUCAGACGUUGCCUGAAUUGUCAGCUUUAGAAAGACUGGAGUGCAGUGGCUUGACGCUUUGCUCUCCUGAAGCAGUAACAAGUUUUGUUGCCGCUAUCAAGCAGAAGACUCUCAAGGAACUGAUACUGAGUAAAAUCAACCUGACGUCAGCAGUAGCUGAGGCGCUUGGUCAGUCGCUGCCCGAAUUAUUAGCCUUACAAACACUGGUGUUAAGCGGUUCAUAUGGAUACAGUUUGCAACAUACGGAAAUGAAGGCAAUGUUUGGCACGUUUAACAAACCAUCUCUAUUAAAAAUUCUGAACAUCUGUCGUUUCAGCGCGAGAGGAAGUCUUACUGCACUCACUGAAAACUUCUGCUUCUUUCCCCGCUUGAAACUGUUACAUCUUGAAGAUUUGGAUUUGGAUGAAGCUGACUUUAUUGGUUUGCUCGAGAAUUUGAAAUUCAUUCCUGAUCUGUGUAUUGUGACUCUUAAUGGCAAUCCACUGGGACACGCAGUAAGGUUAAUGGUGCCAUACUCGCCAAAAAUGGAAAAACUUGAAUAUUUUGGGUUAAGACGAGGAGAUUGUUCAGACGAAGACCUGAAUUAUGUUCGGGAAGCAGUCAAAGGAAAAUUACCUCAGCUGAGGAUUGUUGGAUUGUCCUAAGCUGUUAUAUUUUCAAUAGAACUGGAACAAAUUCUUGCAAAACGUUUCAAUUUUUAAAUGCGAACAUUGUUAAUGAGUACUACAGAUGUAGGUUAUUAUAAUAGUACAGCAGCUAUUAAUGCAGUUACCUUCAGUUGCAAAACAACCUCGUCCCCAGGGCAAAGCCUUGCAGCUACGUGGAACUGAGGACCGGGUUGUUCAAUGCUGGGUUAAGAUAACCCAGGGUUAGUGCAAAAUUUGAAGUCAUAUUUGAAAGUUUAAAAAGCAAAUUAAGUGUAAUUCUUUUUGUCCACAAUAUGAUGAUUGGAUGAUCUUAAAGAACAGAGAAAAUUAUCGGAGAAAAUGCUUUCGAAUAAAAGAAAAAAAACCCGGAUUAAAAUUUAACUUCAGGGAGGAACCUUUCUGUCAUAGGUUUGUUUUUCGCCUUUUUUUUUUUUUUCGUUCUUUCUUUCUUUGUGUCAUUGUUUUUCUCUUUCUCGCAGAGAGCUUUUACCGCUACUCUAUAAAUCCGAGUUUGAAAUAAAAAGACAUGAACGUAUAUUUUUAUGUAAGACAACGGUUUCCUCUUUCUUUUUCUGAAAUGCCCUUUAGAUUGAAAUUCCAGAAAUAUUCCCCAACAUUUAACAAAGUGAACGAGGUGCAACAAGAGCGAUGGAGCUAUAAAAAAAAAAGCGGGAAUUCACUUUUUCGAGCAUCUUUUUGAGAGUCGAUUUUAAUGCGGUCGCCGUCGUGGUUGUCGAAUACGUCCUACUAGUCUUAGAACACGCCGUCUUCCUCUUUUUAUUUCGCAAUCGUCACUAUAAAAGCCUUUUUGAUUCUUGAACUUAAUUAAGUAUUUUCAGACAAGAAAAGUGAUGGGCUAGUAGACAAAAAGCGCUGGUCCGUAUCAUCCCGCAAUUUUUCUUUUAUCAUGUACCAUCCUUCCCACCACAAGUUCUCCCUGAUGACUUGUGGAUCCCUCUGCAUUUGAAAAGUAAUUCACCUAAUCGAUUCACGUACCCCUUUGUUCAAAUGUUGUUUAUUUAAAAAAAAAUCGAACUCGUCCAACUUCCCAACACCAGUUUGUGCGUAUGAUACCUGAUAACUCGCUGACCAAGGGUACACAGAAGCUAAGACCACCUGUCAGCAAAUAUGCGAGCAGUAGCAGAGGAGAGCAGAUUAUUUAGUUCUAAGUGCGUAUAAUCCAUAUUUAGGAAUACCACGGGAAAAUCGUAUGGAAGAUAUAAUAGAUAAAAUUAUGACAAUGUUGGUCCGUGGUUUUAUUUCAUUCAUUAUAUCCGGUUACAGGCGUUCAGAUAGCACGGUAAAAAGGUGGUACACUGACAGAUCUGGGAGAUGGGGGCCGGGGCUCUACCUUAAUUUAUGGCCAAACUGUAGCCUGUUCCAGGAUCCGUUCCCAUGUUCUGAACGCCUGGAACAGGCUAGGCCGAGUCGAGAUCAAAAUCACUACACGUGGCCAAAUGACAAACCGCCCUCUCUAAAACGCUCCUUUUGGCGGGCCAAACGGCAAAGUGCGGGCUGUAAAUUGGAUUUUAAGCCCGCAACAUAAUUUCAUGUUAUGAAGUAAAUUUGUACGAUUUGGCGUUGUGUAUUGACCUUAAUGAUAAUCACAUGACUUUUGUUUGUAUCCCUUUUAGCAUCAUUUGCGCCCGAGCGGAGCGAGGGUUCAAAUGAUGCUACGAGGGAUACAAAUAAACUAUGUGCCCAACAAAAUUCGUGUGAUUAUCCUAUUAUAAGAGACUGGAUGAGCGGGUGCCCCCAUUUACUUGAAGAUUUAAAUUUGCCGCUGCUGUCUCUGUCUCGAUUCCCUUUCUUUGUCCUCCCUCCCCUCCCCAACAACCCCCCGGCCCCCUUCCCCCAUUAUCUGAACGUCAAGAACAGGCAAAUUAGUGUAAAAAGUAGCCUGCUUAGCAAGCGUUUCCGUGCGGUUUCGGAGCAAAGAACGAGGACCACAUGGAGGAACGAGAGUCAAAGAUUUCACGAAAAAUGGCGCGAGUAAAAGAGCGAAGAGGGGCUCUUUCAUUUUUCGGCUCUCGUUUUAUUUCUCUCGCGGCCAAAAGUGCAAAACCGAAAAUCCCGUAUCGUCGGUCUUUCUUUGCUCCGACACCAAACGGAAACGCUUGCUAUGCAGCCUAUGUAAAAAUCCCUGACGUGACGGUAUUACUGAAACGUGAAAUUUUUUCGCGUGGCCAACAACCCUUCCCACUCCACCCUAAAGAAAGUCUACCUUUUCUAGAAGGUUCCGAGGCAUUGUCUUUCGCUUUCAACUUCCGGCUUUCGCUUCCCUUGCUGUAAAAGGGUUUGUGAGAUUGCUUGAGUCCAAAGUAAGUCAGCUAGCUAAACUACCUGGGCAGUCAGCGUUAAUUAGUGUUAAAUAGAGGUGUCAAUCCAAAGCUUCUCUUCUAAUUUGGAAAAUUUAAGAUUGCUUUGCCCCUUGGAUGCGAGAAAGAAGAUCAACGCAUGAACUGACGUCGACGUCUAGAAGGACAAAGGUAAGCAAAUCCUUGUAAUUUUUGCCCGUUGCUCCUCAUAAUAUAUACUUCUCCGUGUCAGCGAUGCGUACAAAGGAUAUCUUUACUUUACAGGCGAUUCAGUUUUUGUCGGGUUAUUUUAAAAAUUCCAUCAGUCUAACAGUGAGCGGAGCCGAACGUCAUAUCGCCAUAUCAGAGAAAAAAAGGAAAAGUUACGUCGGCUCUUCAGCAGUUUAUUA